UACUAUAAAUAGAACAUAAUUUUAAUAUAUUUUUAUUUUAUGUUUCUUUAGAUGACUUUUUUAAACCUAAUUUCUUUACUGAGCUGAUACAUUAACAUUAAUUUUACCGAUAACUUAUAUUGUUUUUUAAUCAAUUUUCUUUUAGACUUCGGCAUGUAAACGUCGAAGAGUGGUAGUCGCGAAUGAGUGAAAUUCUUAGGGCGAAGACUGAGAGUGAUGUUCUUUAAAAAACAUUCUUGAUUAGAUUAUAUUAUAUCUUCUCAAUUUAAUUCGGAUGUGGACAUCCUUAGGAUGCACAUCCCUCGUGGGUCUUCGGAAGCGGUUACCUCCUCCUGGUUAGACCCGGGCAAUGGAUAUUACUUUCCGUGUUAUGUUUAUCAUAUUUUUAUAUACUAUACAUUACAUUACAAGUAAUAUCAAGCUAAAGACCGCUUAUUAUAAACAUUAUAAUGAUAAUUAGUUUCUUUCAUUUUCCUAAUCAAUAUCAUAUUAUAAUUCAUUUCAUUGUAUUUCCUUUAUUACUACUUUCAUAUUUUAUUCCAAAUUAAAAUACUCGAUUUAUUUUAUAGGAACACUAAUAUUGUGCAUUCUWUCAGUCGUUUUUGAUGUGCAGUGCGGUCGGUAAGCACGUCUCGGCCGCGUUCGCGUUCGUGGUCGCGAUAAAUAACUUUUUUAUAGWUUUUURUUUUCGUUAUCGUCUACUGGUCAUCGUCAUCUUAAGGGUAGGAGACCCAUCAGGCAUUCAUCACUGAAGACUACAUAUAAAGCAGAAUGAAAUUAACACAAGCAUUAAGAAAAUAUCAUUUGGGUAGAUUAACUAGAACAAUAUGGCAUCAACAACGUGAAAGAAUACCUAUAGAUAAUAAUGUGGAGAGUAAAUUGUCAGCAUUGAACGUAAAGAUUAUAGAUCCCAUUGAUAUACUUCAACCAAAAAAAGAAUUCGUAAAGAUAAAGAUACCAGAACCUUUUAUUAAAGUAUUAAAAUUUGACAAUACCCAUCCUGAUUGGAAAGAUGAAGUUUGUUUAAACUAUAAGGAUCACAAUGUUCUACAACAUGGCUUAUCUCAAGCACAACUAUUGUUAAAAACCAUUCUUAUUAAAAAUGAACUUCCACAACAAAUUGAAGAAAAAGAAAUUUAUAUUUCAGAAGAUAUACACCGUUUAGUUAAAAGAACAAUUUACACCUCCAAUAUAUUCGAUGCGCAUCAAGAAUUGUUACCGAAAAGAAAGGAUCCAGACAGACCAGCAUGGAAUUUUCCUAGAUACUAUGGUGUGACAGAUAUUAGAAAAACGCAUAAUUUAUUCAAGAAACUACUUCAAAUUUGUGAAUGUGUAUGUGGUCCAGAGAUUGUACAAACUCGUUCUGUCUUUCAUAAUGGAGUUGCGUGUAUUUCAAUAGAAAAGGAAUCAAAGUUAUUGCAAUUUGCAUUAACAUUUGAUUUAGCUCUUGUAUCAACAGAGCCUUUAAAAAAGAUAGAAGAUCAAAAUGCUUAUACAGAAUUAGAUUUUCCAAGUAUAUACCCGUUUUAUCCAACAGUUAGCUUGGAAAAAACGAAUAUUUAUAAAACCGAAGAUCUAUAUCCUGUUGAGGCGACAUCACCCUGGUUGAAUGUUCAUACCAUAUUUAUAAGCCAUAAUCCAGAAGAAGUAAAAAAUCUUUCUGAACUACCAGUAGUUGAGGAUCAAAUACUUGCACGUUCUAUGAUAAAAUCAUUUACUGCAGCUGCAAGUAAUGCACGUCAAAAAUAUGGAUCUGAUGUUAAACAUUUACCAGAACCAAUAAUUGUGCAAUGUAUUGAAUCAAAUGGGAAACAAUUUCAUUUUUCAGUAUUUCAACUUAAUACACUAGCCAUAAAUAAAACAGAAGGUAUUCGAAAUUUUUGGUGGUCUAGUCCAAUAUUACAGUUAUAUGAAGAGGCAUGUUAUAAGACUGGUAAGCCCAUUCUUACUGGCUAUAAUCCUGAAGUUGUGAAAAAACUAUUUGCAUUUUAUAAAAAUACCUAGUUUAAUAAAUAAAUGAUUUUUAUUAAACACGAAAAAUAUAUAUGUAUUAUUAUGUAGUAUUUAGAAGUGUUUUAAAAAGAGUUGUUAUUGGAAUAGUAACUUCAACUUCUUUAGGCUUUACCAAAAGCCGAUGAUCUUGUGAUGGUUUUAUUAAAUUUUCUGCAGACGGAUAAGGUUUACAAUAAAAAUACGUAUGUUGCAAUGCCUAAAAUAUAGAAUAAUAACAUAAUAUAAUUUGGUUAUACUUAUUAAUUUUCUUCGAGAAACAAUGAUAUAUAAAUCAAUUAACCUCUUUAGCAGAAAGACGGUUUGAUGAAUUAUAUAUAAGAAUUUGUUUUAUUAAAUCAAUAGUUUCUGGUU